UGCUUAGCAACAAGCAUUCGCGAGCCCCCGCUAGCUUCUCAGCACCAGCGUAGCAAGCUGGACCUUUUAGCUUACCAAAGAUAGGGAUGUUUUUACACACAGUUCAUGGAGUGAGAAUUCACCCAGCUCUAGAUGCUGAAUAAUUUUUUAUUCGCCACUAUAACAGGCGACAUAUUUUGUUCUGUUUUCUUGUCAGACAGAAAUCGUUAACGCCCAGGGAAUUCUCUCCGAAAAGUGGCUAACCUAGGCAAGGUAACCUUAGCGCCGUAGUCUCUCCACUGGCUGCGAAGAGGAACAGAUCGAGGACGUGGAUAUGUCAUUGUGGGUGAGCUGGCCGGUUAGCUGACCUAAUGCUGGUGGAGACGUUUUAACUGGAUCUUACAGUUGGUGCAUGUUUGCGUCAUAUCGUUGAAUCCACUGAGUGCAACUAAGCAAAGCAGCCACCAUGUUGGAAGAGGACAUGGAGGUGGCCAUCAAAGUGGUCGUGGUCGGCAACGGAGCCGUUGGCAAGUCCAGCAUGAUCCAGCGUUACUGCAAAGGCAUUUUCACAAAGGACUACAAAAAGACAAUCGGGGUGGACUUUCUAGAAAGACAGAUUAUAGUAAAUGGUGAGGAGGUUCGACUGAUGCUGUGGGACACUGCUGGGCAAGAAGAGUUUGACGCCAUUACCAAGGCUUACUACAGAGGUGCCCAGGCCUGUGUGCUAGUCUUCUCUACAACAGACCGCGAGUCGUACCAGGCCAUCGACAACUGGAGGGAGAAGGUGGAGGCAGAGGUUGGAAACAUUCCAACAGUCCUCGUGCAGAAUAAAAUUGAUCUCCUGGAAGAAACUGUAAUAAAAAAUGAAGAGGCGGAAGCUUUGGCUAAAAGACUUAAACUGAGAUUUUAUCGUGCAUCUGUGAAAGAGGAUCUGAAUGUCAAUGAGGUUUUCAAGUACUUGGCUGAGAAAUAUCUCCAGAGACUCAAACAACAAACAGCAGAGGAAACAGAGGUGAUCCACUCUACGAGCAAUAAAAUAGGUGUUUUCAAUACCUCUAGUAGUAAUGUAACCAACCAGAGCUCCAGCAAUGGGAGAGAAGUCAUCACUUUACGACCCAAUAAACAGAGGACCAAGAAGAGCAAGAACCCUUUUGGAGGCUGCAGUCUGUUCUAGAAAACAUUUCCUACAAUUUAGCUUUUGAUUUCAGCGACUUACGUUUCUGUUUAAGAUGACAUCAGUCAUUGUUGUAUUACCUGGAGGUAAGCCCACAAAGACUGGGAAUGUCAAUAUAACACCAUUUUCAGUUCUUUGUUGAUUUUGCACCUUUUGUGCAGCUGUUGCUCCUCCCAUUGUGAUUGCCUUAAAUAACGGCAACAACUGCAGUUUUCUUUUGUGUCCCUAAUAAAUUAUAUAUUUGAUUGUUAGUGGAUUUUUCCCCUCAAAACUGUCUUCACGUAUAGAAAUUGUCCAGAUGUGUUGAAGCAGAAGUUGCACUCAGACUCUGGAAAUAUUUCUUCCAGUAUGUAAAUUUUAUUUACAGCUACUCAUUGCGGUGUUUCACAUGAAUGCUGUGCAAUAUAUUUGCAUGUAUUGUAAAAGAUACACAGAUUAUUUUGUACCAUAUUUUUCUAGCAAUUAACAGAAUAUGGUUCAAACUAUUACUGUUUAUCCCUGACAGAUCCAGAGGUAAAUUGUAUUUUUGUAUUAAGCACAACAGUGUUGAGUGAUUACUACGUGCCAAAUUUACUCUCAACGAGUCUUUGUUGAAGAUCACAUUUCAGUGAUUUGGAUGGAACCUCAAUUUUUUAGAAAACUCUCCUCUGAAUUAACAAUUGAUAAUCAAGAAUUACACAAAAUUAUUCCUUUUUUUGUAGACUUUUAGUAAAUGUAACGUUUAUUUAGAUGAUAAAUUAGUGAUGCUCAACUCUUUGAGUCCUAUGAUAUAAAUUACAAUUAGCGACACUAUAUUCUCAUUGCAGGGAUUUACCUUUUACAUCUUUAUUUUUUUUUUAAAUCAUUGAAUUUAUUUAGCUGUAAAUACUGAAUAUUGGUGACACUAUAGAUUCAAGAGGAAAUUAUUUUAAUUCUAACAUUACAGAUAUUCAGGCAUAAGCUUACUUGAUUAAAAGGCCACUGCUUAAUGACAUCUGUGGCACUAAGUCUGUAACAGAAUGUAAAACCAUGACUCUCAAAGUGUCACAAGCCGGCCAUUAGGACAGGAGAUUAAAGUGUUUAUGUUCUUGUCUUUGCCUGAAAGUAAAAGAACAUGAGGAUAUUGACCUAAGACUAUGUUUAUGCCUUUUUUUUUGUAUCAAGCCUUUCAGUUUUUUUUUUUUCUUUUGCAAACCUGUUCAUCAAGUACAAAAGAUUAUGCGAUGAUAUAAUCUGGUAUUAUAACCAGAAUCAAAGCAAACAUUUGCAUUCUACAUGCAACUACAUCUGUAAGUCUUAUGAUAAUACCAAUGUAUGCAUGUUUUGUUUUUAGUUUUUCAAUCAAAUUUUCUCACGUAUUUAAUCCUCAUCUUUAUGAUGAAUUCUGAAAAUACAAAAAGGUGCUAAUUGUGUUCCACAGUCACAUGGUACUGAAAGUGUCCUGAAAGAUUCAAGUUUUGUUUUUUUGUUUUUCUCCACAUUGGCUUCAUGUGAAGUGUAUGUUAUUUAUAUAUACAAAAUGCAUGCAAGCCUUUGUUUCACAUCAGUGAAUGUUCAACAAUGUUUACAUUAACAACUCGUAAGCAUUUUAAUCCCAUCUCUUCCCACUUGUGUGAAACUGCCUACACAGUAAAUCUGUAAAGAAAAAUAACACUCCUUAAACCGUUUUUUUUUUUGUUUGUUUGUUUGUUUUUUUUGUUUUUCUGUUUGGACAUUGUUUACUUUAUUAGUAACAUCAUGACUGAAUGACUUUUGUGCACUUUAUCAUUUAGAUGAAAUUAAGUCUUAAAACAUUAAUAAUUACUAUUCAUAUGUAUUGUUACUCAGGUGGAAUAAUAUCUCUGCUUUACUUGUAUUCUGCUUUUCUCUCACAUCUACCUUGGUAAACCAAAUUGACACAUUUAAACAAACUGACACGUACCAGUAUGUUGGAGGUUAAGGUAUGGCACUCAGACGUGCACCAGACGUUAUUUUUGGGGAAAGUAUUUGUUGGAAAAUUGACAACUAAAAAUGUUUUUUUUUCCA